AUGGACCUGGAGCCUUGCUUCAGUGAAUUGCCAGAUCCUCUCUCUGUCCUUGGCCCCCCACUAUCUGGUUUCCCUCAACACAAAAACUCCUCGUACAUCAAUUUAGAUGCUCCAGUGAACCAUUAUCCAGCAGGACCCAACAACAACCUCCUUAGCAACAUGGGACUUAAGUACUGUUCCACCAGCAAUGUACAUCCAUAUAAACAAUCAGACUCUCAGUCCAGCUACCAGGCUGGGCAACUGCCACAGAGCUGCAUCAACUCGGGGAGUAAUCGACUAUACCGAAGCCUGGAAAAUCUGCAUUGGAAUGCAGACCCUGGUAUGUACACCUACAGAAGCAUGGAGAGUGAAUUUGUUCUUCACUGUACCGCUAGCAGUCAGUGGUAUGAUGGAACUUCUCAGGGAUCACAGGUCUACACAAUGAUGCACUCCCCUGAGAAGAUGGCUUUCUGUCCUCAUCAGGGACUAUUAAGGAAGGACUUGCCACUCUUUCCCCAGUGGAUUUUUCCUGCUGUGGAGGACUGGACUAUCAAUGGAAAUGCCCGGAAAGGCUUAAGAGACAAACUUCGCCUUCAGAGCACUCGUGUGGCUGAACCUAACAAACCCCUUCGCCCUCAGCCUUCGCCAAGUAACACUCUUCUUUCAACAAAUUCUUUCAGCGAUCAUGAAAUCGCAUCACAUUUUGGUCAUCUCUCUUCUCCAGGACAGGUAAAUGGCAAGAAAGAGUUGUAUGCUCAUCAUAUAACAAGCCCGGAAGAAAUCAAGCAGGAGGUACUGCGGCGGCUACAGCUUCACAGACAGAGAAGCACUCCUAACCUGGCACUCAUUUCUAGCCAGGAAGCAAAUUUUAGCAAGUCACACACCUCUGAGCAUAUUAGCAACAAUACCCAGUCUGCUCUUGAGAGAAAAAGACCUCCGAUGAGUCGCUUGCAUAUCCCAACAUUUGAAGAGUUCAAAAGGAUGAGGCAGAAAGAGAGUGCUGAAGGCCUAUGUUCUUCAACAGCUUCAUCUAGUGGAGUAGCCAGAAAGAAAGGCCAAUGCACAGAGGGAAACUGUGGAGAGAAUGUUCAAGACAGAUUACAUGCUGAGGCUAAAGCAUUUACAGAAGUCUGGCAAAACUGUAGCACUACUGAUGAAGAGUUGAUUAAGGGCAGGUCCCCUGAAGAAGCUCCGGAUGGGCCAAUCUGCACAGGACCUGCACCUCGCUCUCCUCUGCAACCCCAGAGUAACACUGCAGGAAAAGAACAUGCUGAAAAAGGAGGAGACUUUGGAAGUAUGAAUCCAGCUGAUUCAUCUGUGGUCCCUUUCCCCCCCAACAGGGAGACUGCUGAAGGGGCAUCAACCUGCUGUCCUUCCCUACUCUUGGAUGGGAAAGAUCUCUCUAGUUAUGGAGCUAAGAUCUAUAAGAUGAAGGCUGACCUCCUUGGAACAGCCCUGGACCUCUUAAAGAAGAGCUGCAGUGCAGAGAUCAACGGCAAAGCCCCCGUCAGGCUGUCACAUGACCAGCACGACGGUACUGACAUCACCACUCCCCAGCCUGGGUGUCAAUCUGCCUGCGUUGCCAUGACAACGCCGGCCUGCAGACAGGAGGCUUGCAGUGAAGCUACUGGACGAGAAGAGGCAAGAGAAUGCAAGCUCUUUGGGUCGGGAUGCAGGCGCUCCAGCUCAGACGCAACCUAUGAGCCGGCUGGAUCGGUGAGGGCGCAGCGGGAGUGUCGCCUGCGCCCUCACUACAGUGACCCAAUGCCUACCGAUGCUGCAAAACGUAAGCAGCUGGAGAUGAAGAUUGCUGCAGCUGCACGUCUCCACAGUCAGCGCAGGGACAGAGAUAAUGGUAUGCGCACAGUUAGGGGCCACUCUGAGCCUAGAGGAGAAGGUCGGAAUGGACGUCUGGGAGUGAAUCGUGUGUGUCAGCACCGCUGGAGCACAGUGAGCAGUGUGAGUGCAGACAGUGGCGUGGUGGGGCUGAGCGAUGAGCGUGAGGAUGAGGAGGAGCCACGCAGGACUGGCUGCAGUGUCGGUUCUGAAGUGGAGCGAGUAGAUAGUGGUAUCGGGUCUGGACUGGCACCAGCCUGGAAGAGACCCUCAGAAUCAUUUAAAACAUGGGAGGCCCAGCGGCCAUGCCCAGACUGCGGUCAUCGAGACACCACUCGCGAAGAGGGAAUGUGUGAGCGAUGCUCAAAGUUACGGACCGAGCGCAAGGAGGCUAUUCUGGAGUUCCUAAACACAGAGACGAGCUAUGGCGAGGAUUUGCGAAUCAUCAAGGAAGAGUUCUUCUUCCCCAUGCAGAGUGCAGGACUGCUCACAGCUGAACAGUUGACUGUGGUCUUCAGCAACGUUCAGGAGCUGAUCGAUGUGAAUGACAGAUUCACUGAGCAUCUGCAGGACAACAUUGACCAAGCACUCGAUCAGGGUGAUGAAGAUCUGCUCACUGUAUGCAUUGGAGAAAUCUUCUUGGAGUUUGUCAACAUGCUACCAGCCUUUCAAACCUACUGCUUGCAGCAAUCAACAUCUGUCAACAUGCUUAACACACUGGAAAAGGAAAAAGAGUUACUUAGGAUUUUCCUCGACGUAUCCCAGAAUGACAAUACGGCCUUGCGGCGCAUGAAUCUGCGUUCCUUCCUCAUGGCUCCACUGCAGCGUGUGACCAAGUAUCCCUUGCUGUUGAGCCGCAUCAUCAAGGCCACUAACGAAUACCACCCUGAUUACGAGCGUCUGAAGGAGGCCAAAAGUCGCGUGGAGUCUCACCUGGAACACAUCAACAUGAAGAGCAAACAGGAGGGCACAGCCACGUGGUCCCUGCGUUCCUUCCGGCGCGAGAGCCGCAAGAACCGUGAAGUCAUUAACAUUGAGAUGAGAGAGACAUCCAUGAAGCUUGUAGGCUGGGCUCGUGAAAGUACGCGCUUCAUCAUGGAGGGUCCGCUACAGAUCUCACAGCCUGCUGAUGGCCAGUGGGUGAAAAAAGGCAGCAAGUCUCUCAAGUUUCAGAAUGUUCAAAGCCUGCUGAUGGUGCGCACGGCAGAUGGAGGGGUACGUUCAGACCAAACAGAGACCCUAGAGACUGUGCAGGAUGGCGUGCUUGUACUGAUUAAAGACAAAAGUAGUGGCAAGUUCGCUGUAUUACGUGAGCCCAUUCAUCUGGCGAACUGUGUGAUUUCAACCGACCCGGACUGCGAUGACACGUUCGAGGUGCUGGACAUCCGACGCGAAGCAUUUGUUUUACGCGCCUCUGACAAAUCACGCACACAGCAGUGGUUUCGUCUGAUUAAGAGGUACGCGUGUGAUCUGGGGUUCUGGAGAAAAAGACGCAACGCACUCCCUAAUAUUAUGAUCAACACAUCGCAGAGCCGCAUUUAAGACUUAUUUACGCAAAUUAAAUCUGGGGAAAAUCACUUAAAAAUAUUUAAAUGACAGUAUUACAUUAUGGGAAACAAACGUGAUGAUUUGGCCAGAAAAGUGCACUAUCUAUAGGCUAACGCUGACAUUCAAAAAAAUAAAUAAAUAAAAUUAAGUUUUGGUGGACCAAAAUCAGAACGUGGUUUGGAACAACACAGGCUACAGAUUGCGUAAUUUGCUAUUGACGCAAAUGUUUUCAGUAAUUAUUUGUAACAGCAUGAGUGGGAAUAUUUGUUUAAAAAAAUAUAUAUUACGAAAGAAAAUGAUCAUUAGAAAUCCUUUUUAACAAAGACGCACAAAAAGUGACAACUAGUGUAAUGUGUGAAGACUGAGCCAGAUUCCUUGUGCUUUUUCUUUUUAUUAUGAUGUGUCACAGCUCUCUUCCUCUCUUUUCAUUAUUCUGGAAAAAUGUCAAAAUGUUCCAUCCCAACUACCAGUGAAUCGUUCAAGACAAUUUGUGUCACUGUAGUUUCAUCAUAAGCUACAGUAUAAUGAGCUGCUCAUGACAUUUGAAUCCUAAAAUAUCCACUCUCAAAAAUGAUUCUGGCCCUGGGUAGCUUUUACAUAUUGAUAUUAUGUCUAUUUUACUAAAAUAAAUUAAGUUCGUAAUGUUCUUAAUUCUAUUUAAUUAGUUCAACCUAAACAUCCAUUUUUUACCAUUAUAUGUUUUUGUUUAACUUGAAACUCUGCCCUUAAUUUAAAAAUGUUGAUACAUGAAUCAUUGUGCAUAUACCUGCAUUAUUAUCACUGUGCGGGGGGAAGAAAGCAGCAAUAAUUAACAAGCAUAUUGUAGCUACUGUAAUGCUGGUUUUAAUUUACCAUAAUACUUACAGAAACAAUGUAGUAAGAUCAAGUUAUAACAACAUUUGUUUCAUUUACAAAUAGUCCUAUAUAAAUCAAUGAUUGAUUCACUAAUUGCUGUUGUGACACUGAAGGUAGUGAUGAAACUGCAUCUGGUCAUGAGAUAGUAGCAGUAACUUUAAAUACUGGAGUGUCAGUAAGAGAUCUUCCAAAACCAAGUAAUGUCAAUCAUCUGUUAAUUGAUAAGAAUGAAAACCGCGUGCCUUUCAUUUGAUUGCCUAUUGACACAGCAGAGCCAGUGUCCCCUGCUCCAAAACGUAUUGUUCUCGAAAUGUCUCCCACCAUCGUUGUCAAGCUGUUUAAAAGCCUUAUUUAAUGUUUAUCGCACUUUAGUCUAUGAUGUUUUUUUUUUUUUUAGUAAAAGCUUUAAUUUUUCAAAGCUUUACAAGAAAGCUGAUGGUUGUCUUGAGCAAUAUCCUUCAACCAAAUUAUCUAAUAUGGCAUUUUUCAAAUUGUGUUUCAAUGCUAAAUAUAAUUUAUAUUUUAACCAUGUAUCACCAGUUACAUUUAUCUUAUGUGUGCAUAAUGAGACAUAAUUCAGAUUAAAUUGUAAAAAAAAAAAUUCAAGUGCAUUUUUUUGUAUCAAUUUUUUUGAUUCUACAAUAUUAAAAAAGUAAUAGCAGUUCUUAGAUCUGCAGGAACACUUUCUCAUUAUCACAAAGUAAACUACAGAGAUUGUUGCAUGUGAAAAUCCCAGAUCAGCAUUUCCUGAAAUUCUAAAACCAGCCCGUCUGGCAGCAACAACCAUCAGAGAUCUUUUGCCAGUCUGAUGUUUAAUGUGAAUAUUAACUGACAUGUACCUGCAUGAGUUUAUGCAAAAUGAUCAGCUGAUUUGAUAACUGUAAAUGAGCAGAUAUACAAGUGUUCUUAUUAAAUUGGACAGUGUGUAUAUGUUCACUAGUUACAGUAUUUAAAACCUUUUUUACUGACUACUGUGCAUGUAAAAGAGAUUAUCUACUGGUAAUUUGCACAGGAAAAAAAAUGAUCUGGUUAAUAUAUUUCAUUUGCUAAAUAUUGCUGUAGAUCCCCAGCCUCCAACCUGCAUUAAAGGUGAACACAACUAGGAAGGCAGCUAUGUGAGUCAUUCAGUCAAAAGUCACUUUUUCUAAACCAGGCACGUUCCAAGUCCUGCCCACAGCACUUGAUUGACAUGUCUAUUUUAGCAAAUAUGGCAACGUGUACAGGAUUACAAAAGGUGUUUUUUGUCUGAUGUGUACCAGAGGAAGAGAAUAUUGCAAUUGUUACUGCAAUAUUGCCUGAUCACAGCAGUUUAGACAUUAAAAAUAAACCGUCCAAGACUGCAGUUUCAUUGUGGUAACUAUUACACAUUGCAGUGCAGAAAAGCACAAGUGUGAAGAAAUGUUUGGCAAUUAAAUUAGAAUUGUGUCUCUUUUUAUGCACUUGUAAGGCAAAUCAAAUGACAAACAUUGUUUAUCAAGUCCACACAACAUUGUGUAGGAUAUGUAUGGGUUAGCAUUGGCACUGAUAGAUAUGAAGUGUUAAUAUAGGUCUGUGAAGGUUGAAUUUCAUUUUCAUUACAAAAAUGAAUCAACAGCACAACAAGCACUGCAGCUUCUACUGUAUUUUACUCAUCAGAAGAGUUUGAACUCAGCACAUAUACAGUCACUCUUUUACCUGAGACCAGACAUGCUGUUAAUUUCUUUAUUUACAAAACCUAAGUUAUCCACAUGUAAAAACUGGUGAACUAUAUUAAAUACAAAUGAACAAAAACAA